AUGUUCUUUAAUUCUAUCGUAGGAUUGGGCUCAAGGAGUGCGUUCGCCAGUUUUGGCGGAUUCAACAGUUCGUCACUUGUCUUUACUAGAAAUUUGAUGAAGACUCACAAGGGAACUGCUAAAAGAUGGAAGAAGACUGCUGAUGGAUUUAAAAGAGGUAAAGCAGGUAGAAACCAUGGUAAUGUCGGUUGGUCUCGUAGGUCUUUAAAAGUUCUCAGUGGAAAGACUCCUGCUCACGAAUCUCAUAUACAACGUCUAAGAAGGCUAUUACCAUAUUAA